AUGUCGAUAAAGUUAGUUUUAUAUGGACUGAUUACGAUAGCAUCUACGGCUGGAAUAAUAAGCUCGGCAUUUAGAAAUUAUUCAAACGUUUACGCUGUCGUCGUCUACUUGAGCAAUAGCAACGGUGCAUCACUUAUUCUCGGUAACUUUUUGCUAUUUACUGCGCUGUGUAUUGGAAAGGCUAUUCAGAAACUUCUUUUCGGUGAACUGCGAACGCUGGAGAUCGAACACCUGUAUGAGAAAUCCUGGUAUGGAUUCACGGAGAUGAUACUCGCAAUGACUAUGUUCCGCGAUGAAUUCGAUGUCGGUGGUGCCUCUUUCCUGCGCACGCACACACUCACUUAUCACAAACAGCUCUUUUACGGCCUCAUGUUUGGUUUCCUGUUUUUCGUAAAGGUCUUCCACUGGCUCACGCACGAUAGAAUUGAAUAUAUGGUCCAAUACCAGAUCGCCUCUAGACUCUUCAUAGCUAGGAUGUCCGCAGUUCUCAUUGGUCUUUUUAUCGCAGACAUGGCACUCUUAUCUAUCUCGGUAUUAGAUAUCUAUAUCAAUGGCGUCACAAUGAUUAUUCUCUUUGCGUCUGAGUACGCUAUACUAGUGGCUGACGUCAUUUCUUAUUCAAUCGUUUUCGCCGUCAAUCUCAUUGACCUUCGUUCCGAGCAAGCUUGGGAGGAUAAGUCGCUCUAUCUUCUUUACAUUGACAUUUUCACAGAGUUUUUGAAGCUCUGUAUUUAUACCCCCUUCUUCUUUGUCGUCGUCGCAUCAUUCGGAUUCCCGCUCAAUCUGAUUCGAGACCUUUUCCUCACAGCACGUGUAUUCGCAAUGAAGAUCAAAGAUCUCCAGCGUUACAAGACUGCGUCCCAGAAUAUGGAUAGACUUUAUAAAGCCGCGACGGUUGCCGAGUUAGAUGCUUUGUCUGACAAGCUCUGUAUCAUUUGCAGGGAUGAUCUAGUGCAUGCAUCCCAGCAUCCUGGUCCUUGGCCGAGCGGCUUGGAUGAAACACCUAAGAAGUUACCUUGCGCGCAUAUAUUCCACAGACAUUGUUUGAAGAGUUGGCUUGAGCGUCAGCAAACGUGUCCAACCUGCCGUACUUCUGUCAUUCCAAAUCCACAAAGUGGGUUCAACAAUCGUCCUAGAAACAAUCCAGUUGGUAAUGACCCACCUCGACCUGACCCAAGACGCGAUAAUAACCGACAUGACGCUGUUAGAACCCAGACAGAAGCUCAAACCAACGAUGAAGCUCAAGGUUCUACAAAUGAGGCGCCAGCAUCACAAAACACUGCAAACCAAAACAGACAACCGUCUAGUCCAUCAACAAGACCUUCAAGACCCUUCAGUACGACCACACCUUCGGAGGGAAUGCAACAGCAGCACCCUAUGUCCCAGAUUCUAAACAUACCUGACGUGACACUCCCCAUCAUUAGGCCGGAGAGCAGAACUGUACCGUCUACGUAUUGGCGUGAUGCGUACAAGAACGCAAGAAAUUCAGCAUCCUCUCAUAUACCAUCAAUAGGAACGAGUGGGGAAUCAAACAAGGCUCCGACUGCAGAGAAUAUUCCUUUACCGCCAUCGCCAACAACAUCGUCACAGGAGAAUCUCAAUAUCGACGCGAGAUUAUCGUCAAUACUUGACGCCCAAUCGAGUAUGAACAAAGCCAUAGAAGACUUGGUUGAUAUAGUCAAAGACACGAACAAACGUGAGAGAAGAUGUUCAGACGGAGAUAAAACAAGUCAACAAGACGCUGAUUCGAAGCGUGCGCGAAUAAGCUAA